AUGGGCAGCCCCUGGAACUACAGCGAAGGCCCCGAAGGCGCUUGGGAACCGCCGUGGGUAGAACUGCCGCCGUGCGACGAACGCCGCUGCUCAGUCUUCCCCCUGGGGGCGCUGGUGCCAGUGACUGCCGUGUGCCUGGGUCUGUUCGCCGUCGGGGUGACUGGCAACGUCGUGACCGUAUUGCUCAUCGGACGCUACCAGGACAUGAGAACCACCACCAACCUGUACCUGGGCAGCAUGGUCGUGUCCGACCUGCUCAUCCUCCUCGGGCUCCCUUUCGACUUGUACCGCCUCUGGCGCUCGCGGCCCUGGGUAUUCGGGUCGCUGCUCUGUCGCCUGUCGCUCUACUUGGGCGAAGGCUGCACCUACGCCACGCUGCUGCACCUGACAGCUCUCAGCGUGGAGCGUUACUUGGCCAUCUGCCGCCCGCUUCGGGCCCGAGUCCUCGUCACCCGUGCGCUCAUCGCUGCGCUCUGGGUGGUGGCGCUGCUCUCCGCGGGGCCCUUCUUCUUUCUGGUGGGUGUCGAGCAGGACCCUGGCACCUACGAGCUGCCGGACUUUAACAGGACUUCGCAGCUCGCUCUGUCACCUGGAGCGCCGCCGUCCCCGCCGUCUGGGCCCGAGGCUGCAGCACUGUUCAGCCGCGAGUGCCGGCCGAGGCGCGCACAGCUGGGUGCGCUGCGCAUCAUGCUGUGGGUCACCACUGCUUACUUUUUCCUACCCUUCCUGUGCCUCGGCAUCCUCUACGGGCUCGUCGGGCGGCAGCUGUGGAAGACCCGGGGUCUGCUGCAAGGCCCGGCUGCCUUGGGGAGGGAAAAGGGCCACUGGCAGACCGUCCGCGUCCUGCUGGUUGUGGUUCUGGCAUUUAUAGUUUGCUGGUUGCCUUUCCACAUUGGCAGAAUCAUUUACAUAAACACGGAAGAAACCCUCAUGAUGUACUUUUCUCAGUACUUUAACAUUGUUGCUCUGCAACUUUUCUAUCUCAGUGCAUCCAUCAAGCCUAUCCUGUACAACCUCAUUUCCAAGAAGUAUAGAGCAGCUGCCUGUAAACUGCUGUUCACAAGACAGUCCAAGCUGAGAAGUUUCUGUCCUCCAAGCAGGGGAGAUCCAAAGUAUGACACUGGAGAAGACACUGCUGGCUUCCUGGAGAGGAUGACCAACUCAAAGACAGUGGCCUAA